AUGUCGGUGAUCCCCAAGCCGGAAGUUUUCGAUCCCUGUGGAGAUCUCAUCAUCCUACUCAACAGAACGGAUCAAGCACCGGAUGAUGGCCCCACCGAUGGCCCCACCGAUGUCCCUACCGAUGUCCCUACCGAUGUCCCUACCGAUGUCCCUACCGAUGUCCCUACCGAUGUCCCUACCGAUGUCCCUACCGAU